AUGUCCUCGCCGUCUUCUCUGUCACGGUCUGUAGAGGCGGUAGCUCAAACAUUCAUCCAAGGUUCCCUCCAGAUGCUCAAGUUUCCUCCAGAGACCCAGGCGUUGCGCUUAAAUCACCUCUGCUUUCUCCUGCUGCUGCCCCAGACCUCGGCUCCAUCACUCCAGCUCAGCCGGAGAUUCCUCUGA